AUGGGGUAUGAGUCUGCAAAUACUAUUGCAAGUGAGUGCCAGAACACCACCUGGCUCCAGAGGACAGACAGAACCAAGUCCUCCCUGCCCCUUCCCUUCUGCAGCUCCCGGGUGCUGUCACACUCCUUCUGCCUGCACCAGGACGUGAUGAACCUGGCCUGCGCCAACACCACCCCCAGCGUGGUGUACGGCCUCACCGCCAUCCUGCUGGUCAUGGGGCUGGACGCCAUCCUCAUCUGCCUCUCCUACAUCCUGAUCCUCAAGGCUGUCUUGCGGCUGGCAUUGUGGAAGGAGAGGCUCAAGGUGUUCAGCACCUGCAUUGCCCAUAUCUGCGUGGUCCUGGCCUUCUACGUGCCCCUGAUUGGGCUGUCCGUGGUGCACAGGUUUGGGAAGGACCUGGCUCCACUGGUCCAUAUCACCAUGGGGAAUAUCUACAUCCUGGUGCCUGCUGUGCUCAACCUCAUCAUCUACGGGGUGAGGACCAAAGAGAUAGAGAGGAUCCUGAUUUCAAUUAAAAUUUCCGAUGCCAGAACUGCCCAUUGA